GUAUAAAACCCACUGUUCCCGGCGUUCUGGGCCCCACUUCUUGUUGAUUAACUCGAAGGCAAGUUAUUUGUAUCACCAGAAUGGCGGACCUCAGUGCCAAGGAUGUCGAAAGGGCGCAAUUCGUUUUUUCCAUUUAUGACUUCGAAGGAAACGGUCAAAUCGAUGCCGUAAAUCUUGGGGAUUGCCUUCGUGCCCUUAAUCAAAACCCAACCUUGGCUACCAUCGAGAAAUUAGGAGGAACCAAAAAGAAAAACGAAAAGAAAAUGAAAUUGGACGAAUUCUUACCAAUCUACAGCCAAGUUAAGAAAGACAAAGAUCAAGGUUCAUUCGAAGAUUUCUUGGAAGCCCUUAAAUUAUACGACAAAGAAGAAAACGGCAAAAUGAUGGCUGCUGAGCUUUCACACACCUUGUUAGCUUUAGGUGAAAGAUUAGCAGAUGCUGAAUGUGAAGAAUGCCUGAAAGACUGCAUGCUUCCUGAAGAUGAAGAUGGUUUCACCGAUUACGAACCGUUCCUCAAAAACCUAAUGGCGUAAGCAGUCCGUUAAAUUUAAUUUUAGCUCGUUGUUUACUUGAAGAAGUGGAAAGCUCCAAAUAUCGAAUGAUUUUUUUUUACCACCUACAUCAAGGAUGUGAUUAUCGAAGAAUCUAAAUUAUUAUAAACAAAUUAAUGAACGGGGGCUCUCAAGAUCUUAUACGCAGUCAAAAAUUAAUUUAAAAACUCCUUGGUUGUAUGUUCCAAUUUUUUUUUUGUUUCAGUUAUACAUG